CUCCCUCUCCCAGGCAGAAAAAUCAGGAAAAAGUCAAAAACCCGCAGGAGGGAGAGAGCAAAAUAGAGAGAGCGGCGCCGAGAUGAAGCCCUCCAACGCCAAGAAGAAAUCCAAGAAGAAGAAGCGCCCCUCGCCGCCGGCCACCGAGGGCGCGCCGCCGCCGCCGCCGGCCGGUUCUCCCCGCUCGCCGCUCUCGGAAACCCUAACCCUAGCGGCGGCAGCCGCCGCUUCCGAGGCGGAAUCCGGCAGCAGCAGCGGCGGGGACGUGUCGGCCUACUCGCGCUCCUUCACCCCGAGCUCCUCCUCCUCGGGCGCCGCCUCCACCUCCUCAUUCUACGCGCCCUCCUCCUCCUCCUCCUCCUCGGCCGCGGGCGACGAGCGCCGGGACCUCGCCUGGCUGCUCGACGCCUUCGGCAGCGCCACCAUCGACCAGGUCGAGACCGCCUACCGCGACGCCGGCGCCGACCCCUUCCUCGCCGCCGGCAUCCUCGCAUCCACUCACCCGCCCCCGCCGCCUCCUCCCCCGCCAGAUCUCUCCCCCCACACUGGAUCUGCCGCCCGGAAGCCCGCGCGCAGGCCCAGGAAGCUCCCCGUCGCCGCCUCCGGCAUGGUCGCCGACGUCAUCGGCAAGGGCUACUCGCGGCCCGCCACUCCGCCCGUCAGCGUGCCCAGCGGCCGGAAGGGCACCGCCAGCAAUGGCUGGAAUGAUGUCAGAAAUGGGUGCGGGCCUGGUGCUGAUCCCGCCUACAAUGUGGAGGAGGCCGAGCAGUUCCUGUGCUCCAUGCUUGGGGAUAGUUCCGAGCUCAACAUGGGUGUGGUCAGGGACGUGCUAGGUCAGUAUGGAUAUGAUGUUGAGAAGGCUCUGGAUGCAUUACUUGAUAUCUCUGGUAUGGGAUGGUGCACUAAUGCUGAAGAUAAUAGCACACGCUCUCCAGAUAUUUUCCCAGGAUAUGGAAUAUAUGAAGAAAUUUCUUCUGCAAUGAUUGACCAAAGUUCAUGCCAGUUUCCAGAAGAAACACCUGGUAUGUCAUAUAAUCACUUUGGAAUACAACAUGAGUUAUUCUGGGGGGAACAGCGGAGCAGCUACAUGGAGGCUGUUUGCGAGGUGCAACACCCACCAACGCCGCCUUCAAGAUCAGCCGUGGUGGAUUCCAAGAUGCCACAGCAAGUCCUGGAGUCGCUGUUCAAAGUACCUGGACAGGUUCAGCGCACACACGAUCCAAGUAAAAUGGACUGGAAAAAGAUAGUGAAGAAGCUGCAAUCAUACAAUCAUCCUAUCACAGCAAACAACCAAGGAAGACCAAAAAAUGGGGAUGGGUAUCAAGAGUUCCGUGGUGUUUCGGCUAGUCAUUAUGAUAAAAUGAAAGGAUACUAUCAGAAAGCUGCCCUGGCAUAUUCCAAAGGAGAAAAAUCUUAUGCCUCAUACCUUGCAGAGGAGGGAAAACAUUAUCGGGAAUUGGGUCGCGAGGAAGAUGAGAAGGCCAGCAGGGAGAUAUUUGAAGCCAGAAACAAACAUAUAACGAACACAGUGACUAUUGAUUUGCAUGGUCAACAUGUCAAGCAAGCUAUGAAGCUCCUGAAAGUUCACAUGCUGGUUUGUGUAUGCAUGCCAUCUACCCUUCUUAGAGUGAUUACUGGUUGUGGUAGUGAAGGUACAGGGAAGGGAAAGAUAAAACGAUCGGUUAUUGAGCUUGUGGAGAAGGAAGGCAUUGAAUGGCAUGAAGGGAAUUCCGGAACCAUAGUGCUACGACUAGGUGGUCCAAGGGAAUAUCGCUUUCUAGAGCAUGACAGCGAUUCUGACUAAAUUAAAGCCUUCCCGCUGUCUCUUUUGGAGGAGCCUGACAUAGAUUAACAGCCGUUCUGAUCUAUGUAUCUCCUGUAUCUAUCUGUAUUUACAUGUCCUGUAAUUAUGGAUAGGAGGCCUAGGUUCUGGUGUAGUACGACAGUUUCUGACAACACAGUUGGGGGAUAGCGAAGAGAAGAUAGGCGCCGUCUGAUGUUGUGAUCAUUUUAGGCUGCUAACCUUGUAAUGCACUCGAGGCUAUGUACCUGUCUAAUUGUUUUAUGUGCUGUCCAGGACAUUGUAAGAGUGGAACAGCAAACAGUGUAACUUUGCCCUGAUAUGUCUUUACAAGACAUGGGGCAGAGAAUGGAACUAAAUUAUGUACACGUAUUAAUUAUCCUCAA